AUGUUGUCCCAUGCGGCCCGACGAAUUCCACAAAUCCCAACGUGCCUUGCUGUCCGAAAGGCUUGUACUGCAUGGGUAACUGAUCUGCUACAACCCGCAUCGAACGGACGGUCAGCAAUAUUUGAACGCCGAUUGCACAGACCAGGCAAUGCAGGAUCCUGCAUGUAUAACCCGGUGUGGAGGCCGCGUAGCUGCAUACCUUCGGUAUUUCUCCUCCCACGAUCAAGGUCACUGGGCCUGCUGCGUCCAGCACGACAAUGGAAUUAUAGACUGUGGCAAACCCACGACGACCAGUUCCCCGGUCCCCCGCCGUCAAAGCUGGCGACAAUUGCCUACAUUUCAACUGACGGCACCCCGUCAUAUGCGACCACAGCUGUGACAGCUGCCGGAAACAAUGCCACCGUUACUACUACGUCAUCUUCAUCAUCGUCAGGAAUUGGGGUCGGAAUAGCGGCGGGAAUUGGAGUCGGUGUUCGAUUAGGGGUUUAUUAUUGCAGCGGGUAUCGCAUUAUUGUACUUUCGGAAUCGGAAGCGAAACGCCGCAGCAGCUCAUGGUAUACGAGCUGGGAAAGACAGAGCCUGGACCCAGGGAGCUCGAUUCGUGCCAACCGCAUGCAUAGCAUCUCCUCGUUGAGCGAAUACUCUAUUGAUAUCGGAGCCUUUACUAGUUAUGCAGUGAACUGUUUUUCUGUGAGUGCAUCACAUAAUGCUGUCACCCUGGAAUCGUUGUUGCCGUUAUCAUUCGAGGUCAUGCUGGAUAUGGAGAUGUUCUGGAGGCGGCCGAAAUGGAAAGGGAAGAACUCAUGCCGGCUCAUGCGGCAGUCAUUCUGGAGGGAGCUAAUAGGUAACUUGAUUGGGGUCAGCAUAAUGUGUUAUGCAGCGUGUGUGAUGACUUGCCUUUGGGAAAUUGGUGUGCUUUACAGUGUCUCUAUCUCCAUUGCCCUGGAUCUUAUCGCCGUUUUCAUCGCCGAUGAAUCGAGAACCAGACACAACAUGUUUCGCUGCAACUGUUGUCUGUUUCCAGUCGCCAAGUUUCUGAUCGACAGCCGCUGGAAGGGCGUUGCUGCUGCAGGGAUAGUGGUAUCUCAACUCCGUUGGCAGAAUUGCAUCUGGUAA